GCCGUCGUCUGGCGAAGACGCUCUCUUUCAGAAUUCAGAAGGCUACCCCACGCGGCGUGGCUCGAUUAACUCCCCCACCAGCCCCUCGCAGUUCAUAACGCCGGAAUGGUUUUCGUGGAGCUGUUGAUUUUUGUGGCCUUUAUCGGCUUGCUACUGUACAAAUGGUCGGUCUACACUUUUGGCUACUUUUCGAAGCGGGGCGUGGCCCACGAGAGGCCGGUUCCAGUGCUGGGGAAUAUUCCUUGGUCGGUGAUGAUGGGCGCCGAUUCUUAUAUAAAGUUUAGCAUUGAUCAGCACUUGCGUUUGAAGCAGAACAAGGUAUACGGAGUCUAUAACCUGCGCGAUCCCCUCUACUACCUCGCUGAUCCGGAGCUCAUCCGCCAGGUGGGCAUCAAGAGCUUCGAUACCUUUGCCAAUCACCGGCAGGGCAUCAGCGAUGGCCCCAACGAGACCAGUGUCAUGUCCAAGAGCUUGCUCACCUUGCGGGAUCAGCGCUGGAAACAAAUGCGAAGCACACUGACUCCAACCUUCACCAGCCUCAAGAUUCGGCAAAUAUUCGAGCUAGUCCACGCCUGCAACGUCGAGGCAGUGGGCUACAUUGAGCGGCAACUGGAAGCUGGCAACAGUGAGCUGGAGCUGAAGGAGUUCUUCACGCGGUAUACCAACGAUGUGAUUGCCACGGCUGCCUUUGGCAUUCAAGUGAACUCGUUCAAGGAUCCCAAUAACGAGUUUUUCACCCUCGGCCAGCGUCUCUCAGAGUUCACCUUGUGGGGUGGAUUCAAGGUACUUUUGUACAUUCUAGUGCCCAAGUUGAUGAAGGCACUGCGAGUUCCUGUGAUGGACUUGAAUAAUGUGGAUUACUUUAAGAAACUGGUAUUCGGCGCCAUGAAUUAUCGCAAGGAGCACAAUAUAGUGCGCCCCGACAUGAUCCACCUCCUGAUGGAGGCCCAAAACCAGUUUAAAAAGGAUCAGGAAACUGCAACCGAUAAGGACUCUAAGGAGGAUAGGGUCGAGUUCAAUGAUGAUGAUCUGCUGGCCCAGUGUCUUCUCUUCUUUACGGCGGGAUUUGAAACCGUCUCGACCUGCCUCAGCUUCACCUGCUAUGAGCUAAUGGUUAAUUCUGAGGUGCAGGAUAAGCUUUAUGAGGAGAUCUCUUCAGUGGAGGAGAGCUUGCAGGGCAAGCCACUGGAUUUUGAUACCCUCAAGGGCAUGAAGUACCUGGACUGCGUGGUAUCUGAAUCUCUAAGAAAGUGGCCACCGGCAAUCGUCCUCGAUCGCAUGUGUGCCUCGGACUUCCAGCUGCGCGAUGCGGAGGACAACUUAGUGGUGACUCUUCGCAAAGACGAGCUUGUUCAUAUUCCGGUGAUUGCACUGCAUCACGAUCCGGAUAACUUCCCGGAGCCGGAGGAGUUCCGACCAGAGCGCUUCGAUGACGACCACAAGCACGAAAUCCGCCAGUUCACCUAUCUGCCCUUCGGUGUUGGCCAGAGGAGCUGCAUUGGCAACCGAAUGGCCCUCAUGGAGGUGAAGUCGCUCCUGUAUCAACUGGUCCGUCAUUUCAGGCUGAAGCCCACCGACAGCACCCCGCGAGACAUGAUGGGCAGUAUUGCCGGGUUUCGGUUAAUGCCGCGGGAAUUGUUCUGGUGCAAGCUGGAGGCCCGAUAGGGGAGGACCCAAAAAAUUAAUUAAUAUUUAAGUCCCUGAGGAUGACGCUGCAAGAACACAUACACAUACACAUAAAUAUAAAUAAUAAUAAAUA